CUUGCUUGACUUUUUUGGACGCAGGUAACUACUCGAGCUAAGUACACUGAUCGGGGAAAUAAUCCCAGAAAAUGACGGUCCGCUUCACACGCCACUCGUAACUCGUUUUCGUGUUAUAGACCCGAUUUCAACAGCAAGAAUAUCGAUAUGUUCGAGUGAGAAGACCGAUCUUUUCGGAAUUUUUGAGGUCGCUCCAGGAUGGCAUCGUCGACGUUUUUUUUGUAGUCGUGAGUGAGACUGUAGAACAGCUGCAGAAGGAAGUGGCAAGAGCUGCCACUUGCAUUGUAUCGUGGGCAGUAGGUCCAUGAUUCGAAAGACGAUUCGAAACCAGAACUUUUCGCGAGCCUGCUCUUAUUUGCAGGAGUCUGUUUGUGUUUCAUGAUGAUGAAAAAGAGAACUGCUUCUUGUACAAAGGGCUCUUAUCCUACACGACCAGAGCUUCUCAAGUAAGAAUAUCGCUCCUAUCUGGAUGAAGCAGCUGGCGCGUCGAGAACUUUUCAUUCACAGUAGACGAUUGAUUAAAACAAAAAUAAUGGGGAUGAAGAGUUUAUUGACUACCUUCUGAUAACAAUUAUUGAAAUAAAUGCGAAGGCAAAACCGAGAGAAAGAAAUCAUGUCGACUUCCGAAGCUCCGCCAGGGUUGUCUAGGCGCCGUGGUCUGCGGGAUAUCUCUAACACUCCACUGGUUCCGCAUGGGUCGCCGGUUUUGAAAAAGCCGCGGUUCGGGACACCUGGACCAUCGUACGCAGGAGCUAUUCCUAUUGCUACACCUCCGCCUAGCAAAAAACAGAAAGUCGCAUUCGGAUAUAACGGAUCCCGAGAAAAACGUACACUAAACAUUAUGAUUAUCUUCAUGCGGGUAAUAGUAAUUGAUGUCUGCGUCUCUCUAGUUCUGGCACAGCUUUCGCAGAAGGAGUGCGAUUUUGAUGCAGUUCGUUGAUUACUUGGUACUAUUGCCAGCUUCGUUGUUGUGCUAGGUGGUAGUACUUCGACUUUUCUUUCAUUCCGCGACACAAAGUUGACAAUCAAUCUCGUAAAUCUUAAAGGUUCAGCGCAAGGCGGGUACGAGGCCAGCGCUGACCCUAGUCGGGAUUGUGGUGGAGGCAAGGCGGGCACAAGACAGCAUUACGCUGGGACCCCUGGCCCGAGCUAUGCUCUUCAAGGGGAUAAAAAUGUCAACAGCAAGCGCGAACGCAUAACGACGCCUGGUCCGAGUUAUACGUCCCGCCAGGCUGUGGACGCAAGUGCUAAGGAGCGUAUAACGACGCCUGGUCCGAGUUAUGCAUUCAGCCAAGGAGACGAAAAUUUCAAGGGCGAUUGUGAACAGGCUGUUAUGAUCCAGCGUCCCAAUGCAGUGAGCACGCCUGGUCCGACCUAUUUCGAGUCGAAUGCGAGGCAGAAGUUUCGGGACGUGAUCAUUCGGGUAUCUAGCUACAACAGCUUGUUGUCGAGCUUGUGCUUGUAGUUUUUUUGUUUUUUUCGGUUCAAAAAUAAGGGGCUAGUAAUAGUAGUGCUUGUGUUAAUUCGCUACCUGCUCACGGUCACGCUCAUAAAAAUCCUCACAAAGAAUUGAAAGCAUAAUUCUGUCUUGAUUUCUAUUUCUUCAGUCUGCGCAGAAAGCGGAUCUGCGGUAUGGUCAGCACGAUUCUCACCAGGAUGCCAAAAAAACGGAGAAUUUCGGUUUCGCUUGUGACCAUGCGGCAUCACGGGUGCCACUACUUGAGCAGGCGGUCCCCGACAAGGAAUGUGUAAGAGAACAGGAGGCGGCGGCCACGCCCUGCUGGGGUCGCAGUGUGUCGUCGAGCUCCAAUAAGUCGCACAAUGACCAGCACAAGAUAGCAGAUUUUUCUGGAGAUGGUCAACAGCAACAUGAUCGUCGUCCGGUUGGCUCAUCUCGAGUCCUGGCUUCUCCCAUGUUUGGGGUUAUGAAGACUCCGAAAGUCGAGGUGUUCGAUCCCGUGUUUGGGGAUCUGCACAGGGACCAGCGGUAUCAGGAUCAGCAAGAUGAACGAGGAGGAGCAGGGUCAGGGAAGAUGAGUGGAAAAGCGUCGCCUUGUUCUGUCGUUCCGGAAGACGAUGAGCUGUUACAAGCCAUGUCUCCGAUUGAAAAAAUGCGCUUUGGAGAUCGAGUUGUAUUAGCGAAGGGUGGAGGACAAGGAGAAAAACAUGAAGUGGUGAUACGUGCGGAACGUGGUGCGAAGGUUUCUUCAUCGCCACCAACUUUUGCCCUUCUGGACCUACAGCGGCGCGAGCAGGGUAAGCAACAACAAGAUCUUCCGUCUUUCGGCGGAAUUUCAAGCAAGCAGAAGAGGACUCCCGUCUUCGGAGGGUCGCAGCCGUCAGCAUCCUCUGGCUCUUUCAGUGUGCGAGGCCAAGAAGAUCCCCAACCUUCUGGAGGAGCGUUUGCACCACUGCUGCAGCCGCAGCAGAGCGUGGAAAAGCGCCCUGCUGCUGCUGCUGCUGCUGCUGCUGCGAGUACUUCCACAAGUAAUGACGAAGUCAUGUCAUCAAGGCUUGCGGAGGUCUUCCCAGAAGAUUAUGCUGCCUCAUCGAAGUCAGCAGGAGAAGUGCCUCCUAUAGAGGACUUCGCAGACGGACGCACCGAGGAACAAAAACGGGACGAUGCUAUAGGGCGCCCGUUGAUUCCGGAGUUCAGGACUCCGACAUUGCGCGAGGUGAUGGUCAGCCGCGUCUCACUGAUACGAAAUGGUCCACCACCUCCAGCUGAAGGACGCAAGGAUGACGACCAAGUAGAAGUCGGAACAAGUCAAUCUUCAAUGAACAAUGGCAACGACCGUCGUGAUCUUGUAACGGCGGGGCCUGCCAGUCCCGCUCAGAUUCUUCAUGGGUCAACAUCAGCAUCGCUUUCACAUUUCCAUGACGUGAUGAAGACCCCAGACCUGAAGGUUGCAUCACCGAGAUUCCACCAAGAAAAUCUGAAUUAUAGCGAUGACUUGGGUAGCGACUCAUUGGCGGAGAUGGAAUUUGCGCAGCCACGUCUCGUACCAGCACCACUACCGUUCUAACCAUCUAAGUACUUAAUUCCUUGUACUUGCAGAAUUAGAUUUAGAUGAAUUAUAGUAGGAAUCUACUAAUUUGAAUGAGUAUGUUGAAACUACCCUUACCCUACUUAGUUAAAAAAAGUAAGUCGAAAUCGAAGAGCAAGUAAGUAGUUCUGCGGGUGUUAGAUACUUCUAUCAACUCGGAGACGAUCUAUCAACGUAUUUUUUUGAAAAAACCAUGGAAGUACGAAUGAGCGAAUAAUGCUCUAGGAGAAUGCACAUGACGACAUUAAUUAUGAUUGAUAAUUAUGCGCAUCCUUUCAUUCUACAACAUUAAUAUUUAUACUCACGUAAUACGCAGCGUGAGAACAGGCUCAUUUGAUAUUGAUAAACAUCAACAUUCUGAACAAC